GCCAGGGCCCUGGCGGAGGCUCCCUCCGUGGACAGGGAACCGGGCGGUCGGUAGUGACCCCGAAAGCGCUGGGCCAAAGCCGUGACUCCCUGGAUGGAGAAGUCAGCAGGUGCCACCGGGCCAGCGCGCGUCCCGGCUGGGGAGGUGUCACGCGUGGGUGAGGCCGCGAUCACGGCAGUGUCUCUACUGAGCGGGCCCGCCUCGCGGGAAACUCUCCAAGUUCCUCAUUGUGCCUCCCAGGAUUCCUUGGGGAAGGUCCUGUGGUCCUCAUAUCCGGGGGGAACUGAGGCAAGGAGAGGAUGAGCUCUCUGGGUCACUGGGGGGUCACUGGGCCGGGGUUUGACCCGGCUGUCCCCCUGCAUCAAGCUGCCUUAGGGAGCCAUUCCACCGACCCACACGUGACCCCUGACCUUUAGUGCCUCUCUAUUUUUCUCUCCAAAUUGUCAGGCCUGGAGAUGGCCCUGGAACCGCCCUGUUUCCUGGGCGGCAGGCAGCCUCUUCUUUUCUAGGAUCCCUUUCCUCAUCUGUAAAAUGAAAGCUCUUGCUGGCUGUGCCCUGGGCCCCACCUGCCCCGCAGAUCAGAGCCUCCAGGUGGGAAGGUUCUAAAACUUGGAAGGCGUUCCUGGGGCAUCUCAAUGCCUGCCCUGACUGCCGACCCCCAGACUCAGCCCUGAGUCUCCCGGUUUCUGAUUCAGAGCCAUCGCAGGCCUCUGCAGCCCACGCUGCUUCAUCACCCACAGCCAGCUGACCAUGGGCACGGACCGGCUGCCCUGCUCCUGGCAGCUGGCCAGGCCCCUGCUAGGGGCCUGUGCCUUCACCCUCUUGGCCACAGCUGCCCUCAUGGGGCAUGUCCUGCUGCGUGAUUUCACCAUGGUUCCCCGAGAGCUGGCCGGGCUCUCCCAAGGACUGGAGGAGGCUUACCAAGCUCGCAGCCAAGGGCCCCAGCACUCCCGGGAGCACAGCGACAGGCCAGGGCCAGUGCCUGCACAGUGUGACGUGCCCCCCAACAGCCGCUUCGACUGUGCCCCCGAGGCAGCCAUCACCCAGGAGCAGUGUGAGGCCCGCGGCUGCUGCUACAUCCCAGUGCGGCAAGGCCCCCAGGGCCCCCCAGUGGGGCAGCCCUGGUGCUUCUUCCCCCCCAGCUAUCCCAGCUAUAGGCUGGAGAACCUCACCACCACACAGAUGGGCUACACGGCCACCCUGACCCGCGCCACCCCCACCUUCUUCCCCAAGGACAUCCUGACCUUGCAGCUGGAGGUGCUGAUGGAAACUGAGAGCCGCCUCCACUUCAUGAUUAAAGAUCCCGCUAACAGGCGCUAUGAGGUCCCACUGGAGACCCCGCGUGUGCUCCGCCGGGCCCUGACCCCACUCUACAGCUUGGAGUUCUCGCAGGAGCCCUUCGGCAUGGUCGUGCGCAGGAAGCUGGACGGCUGCGUGCUGCUGAACACGACGGUGGCCCCCCUGUUCUUCACUGACCAGUUUCUGCAGCUGUCCACCACCUUGCCCACCCCAUAUGUGGUGGGCCUCGCUGAGCACCUCAGCCCCCUAAUGCUCAACACCAACUGGACCAGGAUCACCCUCUGGAAUCGGGACAUGGCCCCCGAGCCUGGCACGAACCUCUACGGCUCCCACCCCUUCUACCUGGCCCUGGAGGACGGAGGCUCGGCGCAUGGGGUGUUCCUGCUGAACAGCAAUGCCAUGGAUGUGGUCCUGCAGCCGAGCCCGGCCCUCAGCUGGAGGACGACCGGUGGCAUCCUGGACAUGUAUGUCUUCCUGGGGCCAGAGCCCAAGAGUGUGGUGCAGCAGUACCUGGCGGUCAUCGGGCACCCAUCGAUGCCGCCCUACUGGGCUCUGGGUUUCCACCUCUGCCGCUGGGGCUACUCCUCCACGGCCAUCGUCCGCCAGGUGGUGGAGAACAUGACCAGGGCCAACUUCCCCCUGGACGUCCAGUGGAAUGACCUGGACUACAUGGAUGCCAGAAGGGACUUCACCUUCAACAAGCACGGCUUUGAGGACUUCCCCGCCAUGGUGCAGGAGCUCCACCAGGGUGGCCGGCACUACGUCAUGAUUGUCGAUCCUGCCAUCAGCAGCUCGGGCCCUGCCGGGAGCUACAGACCCUACGAUGAGGGCCUGAGGAGGGGAGUCUUCAUCACUAACGACACUGGGCAGCCGCUGAUCGGGAAGGUGUGGCCCGGAGCCUCCGCCUUCCCUGACUUCACCAACCCUGAGACCCAGAGCUGGUGGCAGGACAUGGUAGCUGAGUUCCAUGCCCAGGUGCCUUUCGACGGCAUGUGGAUCUGCCCACUGCUCGGGCCUCUCUUGCAGGACAUGAAUGAGCCGUCCAACUUUGUAAAGGGCUCUGAGGCCGGCUGCCCUGACAAUGAGCUGGAGAACCCGCCCUACGUGCCAGGCGUGGCUGGCGGGACCCUCAGAGCGGCCACCAUUUGUGCCUCCAGCCACCAGCACCUGUCCUCCCACUACAACCUGCACAACCUGUACGGGCUGACCGAGGCCAUCGCCUCCCACAGGGCCCUGGUGAUGGCUCGGGGGACACGCCCCUUUGUGAUCUCCCGUUCAACCUUUGCCAGCCACGGCCGAUAUGCUGGCCACUGGACAGGGGACGUGUGGAGCAGCUGGGAGCAGCUUGCCCUGUCGGUGCCUGCAACCCUGCUCUUCAACCUGUUGGGCGUGCCCCUGGUUGGGGCUGACAUCUGCGGCUUCCUGGGCAACACUUCGGAGGAGCUGUGCGUGCGCUGGACCCAGCUGGGAGCUUUCUACCCGUUUAUGCGCAACCACAACGACCUCAGCAGCCUGCCUCAGGAGCCAUACAGUUUCAGCGAGACAGCACAGGAAGCCAUGAGGAAGGCCUUCGCCCUGCGCUACGUGCUGCUUCCUCACCUGUACACGCUGUUCCACAGGGCCCACGUCAGGGGCGAGACGGUGGCCCGGCCCCUCUUCCUGGAGUUCCCCCAGGAUCCCCACACCUGGACCGUGGACCGCCAGCUCCUGUGGGGGGAGGCCCUCCUUAUCACCCCGGUGCUGGAGGCUGGGAAGACCAAGGUGACCGGCUAUUUCCCCGCAGGCACGUGGUACAACUUGCAGACGGUGCCAGUGGAGGCCCUGGGCAGCCUCCCACCGCCACCUUCCACACCUCUCACAUCAGUUAUCCGCAGCCAGGGACAGUGGGUGAAGCUACCUGCCCCACUGGACACCAUCAACCUCCACCUGCGGGCCGGGUACAUCAUCCCCUUGCAGGGCCCCGGUCUCACCACCACUGAGUCCCGCAAGCAGCCCAUGGCCCUGGUGGUGGCCCUGAGCCCUAGCGGCGAGGCCCAGGGGGAGCUCUUCUGGGACGACGGGGAGAGCCUGGGAGUGCUGGAGCGUGGGUCCUACACCCUGGUCGUCUUCCUGGCCAAGAAUAACACUGUUGUGAACAAGCUGGUGCACGUGGCCAGUGAGGGAGCCAGCUUACAGCUGAGGAAGGUGACCAUCCUGGGUGUGGCCACAGCCCCACGGCAGGUCCUCUCCAACGGCGUUCCAGUCUCCAACUUCACCUACAGCCCUGACACCAAGAUCCUGGACGUCCCCGUGUCACUAUCAGUGGGAGAAGAGUUCCUCAUCAGUUGGACCUGACUGGGUGUCAGCGACACCUUCAGUCCUCUGCCCUCUGUGACAGGGAUGCCUUUAGUCCCCUGCCCUCUGUAACAGAAGCAGAGCAGGGAGUGAACCCGCACCACUCGGUCAGCCGUGUUUGGGCCUGGGAGCAUGUACCGUGAGCCUUGUGCUGACUGUCCCUCGCUUGUUGUGUCUCCUGACACAUCUUUGACAGUUUUUUUCCCCAGAUUUCAGAAUUGGGUCAGUACCCUUGAGGGCUGCUCUGUCUUAAGUAUGUCACCUCUCCACAGCAUGUCACUGGAAUGCAUGUAAUGUUAGCAGCUAUCAGCUAAACUAUCCGUGACAGCAGAGAAAGCGAUGCGUGGGGUGGAGAAUGUCUUAUCUGCACCGGAGGUCAUGGUCCUGCCACGCGGCAGCUGCUGCUCUGACUACAUGUCAAGGUGGGAGCUGGGCCGCUGCCCCCCGAGGACAGACAGGGCUGACUCCUAAGUCUGCUGACAGUGAGCCCAGGGAACUGAGGAGAAUUCACAGGACUUGGGACAACUGUUAAUCUUAAGUACCGUUAUUAAUAAAACGGGUAUUUGGAAUCAA